AUGUCUGACUCUGAGGUCCCGGCGCCGACACGCGCGACGGGCAAACGUACUGUGAAUGGCCUCACCGCGUCGCAAAUACAGCACAAACGUGAUCUUGAUCGAAAAGCACAGCGCGCCCUGCGCCAGCGGACCAAACUCCGAAUUCAAGAACUUGAGAGUGAUAUUGCCCGCUUUAGAGCUUCAUUUUCGCAGCGGGAGCAGACAAUGAUAGACGAAGUUCAAUUGCUGCGAGACCAGAAUCGGAAGCUCAAAUGCUCCCUGGAAAAUAUCCGAAAGUAUGCUCUUGGCGAGCUCUCAAAUCUGGGUGAAACGAGCCUCCCACAAGACACGCCUGAUGGGGAAACAGCCGAAAAGGAAACUGAGCAAUUCCCGGAGCCUUCUUUACGGCUGGGUGAAGGCACCCUAGAGACACAACCUAUCCUUGCUCAUCAACCGUUCCAGUCCGAUCAUGACGUAUAUUUUUCAGUUAAUCAACCAAUGGGCCCGAAUAAUUCGCAUACCAUGCAUGGUCACGAAUCACAUCAGCCAACAUUACCCCCCUUAGCAGGUGCAUUUUCGGGUCUCGUUGCAGAAAGCGAUCAAAUUCUACUGGACUUCAUUGCUUCCCGGCAAUCUAUGCUAGCUCGAGGUAUAUCCCCGGCUACUGUCCUGGGUCCUGAACAACUCUGUCCUCGAGAUCUUCUAGACCCGACGACAGUCAACUCAAAUUCGCAUGCAAUAAGCCGAGUUAUGGCAGAUGUUCUUACGACUUUUCCUCACGUAAAUCUUCCAGAAAAGCUGGCCUUCAUGUACCUCAUGCAUCUAACCACACGGUGGCAAGCAUCGCCGAACGAUAGUAGCUAUGCUCGCAUGCCCGUGUGGCUCCGGCCCACUGUAACGCAAAUAACCGUUCCGCAUGCUGCGUGGAUUGACAACAUACCUUGGCCUCGAGUACGAGACAUCCUUAUUCAAAAGCCUGAUCGAUACCCAUUCGCUGUUUUUUCUGAGUUAUACUCUGAGCACGUCAGCAUCAAUUGGCCAUAUGACCCUGAAGACAUUGUUGUUGAUACGGGCGAAGGUCCCUCGUUAAACACUAUAUUUGAAAAACAUAUUCAGCGUCUGAGUAACUGGAUUGCUCCUCGUCCGUUUCGGGAGUAUUUUUCGGAAUGGACAUCCGACGUGCUUCUCAUGAUGUCUGGUUCAAUGAAAGCCGCGCAAUACAACACUACAUCGAAUAAAGUUGAGAUCAAUGAGAUCCCAAUUCCUGAGCCCGGCGAGAAUGAUAUUUUGAUCAAAAAUGCUUGCGCGUCGCUAUGUCACUCUGAUCUGAUGCUUUUCUGGGGACAUACAGCGGAGAAGCCCCCUAUGGAGAAAGUGACCAUCGGGCAUGAGAAUACCGGCACCGUCGCUGCUAUCGGAAGAAAUGUUACAGGGUUCAAGAUCGGAGACCCAGUGGGAUGUCUUGGGUGCAGUUACGCUUGUUUAAAUGGAAACCGUCACUUCCUCCCAUUACAACAACUGACCGAGUCAUCCGAUUUGGCAGCCUACCACUCCGUGAAAAAAUGCGGACUUAACGAAGGAGACUGGAUCACGAUCAUUGGAUGUGGAGGACUGGGCCACCUGGCAAUUCAAUAUGCCAAGGCAUUAAAAUUACGAGUCAUCGGAAUUGAUAUUUCCGAUUCGCAAUUGGAAUCUGCAAAAUCUCUUGGCGCAGACUUGACCUUUAACUCGGCCUCGACCCUGGGCUAUGAAAAGGAGAUAUUGAGUCAGACCGAUGGAGGUGCACACGCUGCUGUGGUUUUGAGUGCCUCGAAUGCUGCGUACCAGAGUGCCCCUAGCGUGCUGAGGAUAAAUGGUAUUCUCAUGGUUAUCGGUAUCCCUAAGGAGAACUUGUCAAUCAAUGCUCUCCAUAUCCUCCUAGGAAAGUAUCGCAUCAUGGGUGCAAGCAGUGGUACACCACAGCAGAUGCGGGAGCCCAUUGAAUUCAGCCAUAAACAUGGAAUCAAAGCGCACAUGACUACCUUCAACGACAUUGAGGACAUCCAAAAGAUCAUUGACUUGCUAGAGAACGGGAAGACCGCUGGACGAUUUGGUAUAGUGUUCUAG